AUGGAGUACAGCCAUCAGAAGGGCAUCAAGCACGACACCACUAAGUGGAACGAGCUCCUCCGCUCAGCGGAGCGUUUCGAUCUUACGAAGGAAAUAGCUUCGUUUAUGAAUGGAGAGAUGUCGUAUCUCAGGGCGUGUAUUUACACUGUCAGGGUGCUACUAAUCAACGAGCCGAUUUCGCGGAAGAAGAUUUUGUUGCAACUGACUAUGGAGAGUGUGGUGGUAUUACUCACAGCGGAUGGAAGUGUGGUUUUGCCUCCACGCGGCAACGAUGGCGCGGUGCGCAUGAGGUGGAGACAGUCCACAAAAGCAGUAGUCUUACGAUGA